AAAUUUAAACAACCCGACACACCAUUGCUCGUGUUUACAUCGGCGCUUUUACUUUUAACAUUUUCUUCCUGAAUCAACUUUAAAUAAUGAGUGGUGACGGAGACCAAACGGAACACUUCGACACGCUUUUACUUUCAAUAGCACAACAUCACCCCCAAGGACCAUCGGAACUUUUAGAUACUUUCGUAAGCUUUUUGGGGCGAAAAACCGAUUUUUUCACCGGUGGUGCGGAAGGAGCAUGGGAGAAGUUAGUUAUGGGUACUUUCCGGAAACACGAAAAAAUAAGUAGGGCGGCUCACGAAGAAGUUUUAAAAGAGAAGAAGGAAAGGGAGGCUAAAAAACAAGCAGCGAAAGAAAAACAAAAUGUUGUUAAACCUGCUGAAAUUAAGGAGUUAACCGACGAAGAAGCUGAUCAAUUACAGAAAGAAUUAGAUGCUGAGAAGACUAAUAAAGUGCCGGAUCCACCAAAAAUAUCUGAAAAAAUUGCAGAGGAUGAAGAAGAAUCUGAAAUCGGAAAAUUAAAACCUAAUUCUGGAAAUGGAUGUGAUUUGGAAAAGUAUAAAUGGACUCAAAGUUUGCAAGAUAUUGAGGUUCGUAUCCCUUUAAAUAUAACAUUCCGAGCGAAACAAAAAGAUCUAGUCGUUAAUAUAACGAAAAAACAUCUUACGUGUGGCGUUAAAGGCCAACCACCGAUUAUAGACGAUGAUUUUCCGCAUGAAAUUAAAUUGGAGGAGUCAACGUGGGUUAUUGAAGAUGGAAAAUUAAUCUUACUCAAUUUAGAAAAGGUAAAUAAAAUGAAUUGGUGGUCGAAAUUGGUUGCAUCCGACCCGGAAAUUAGCACGAGAAAAAUAAAUCCUGAACCUUCAAAGUUAUCCGAUUUGGAUGGCGAAACUAGAGGGCUUGUAGAAAAGAUGAUGUACGAUCAAAAACAAAGAGAAUUAGGAUUACCCACCAGCGAUGAACAGAAAAAACAAGACGUUCUUAAGAAAUUUAUGGAGCAACACCCAGAAAUGGAUUUCUCCAAAUGCAAAUUUAAUUAAUUAUUUUAUAUAAUCUAUUUUUCACUAUUCACUUUAAUUUUUUAUUAAUCAAAAACUUUGUUUGGAGUUGAGAAUGAAAAGGAUUUAAAAAAAAUACACGCUUACUUUAUAGUUUUAAAUUUCAGGUUAAAAAUAUAUCGUUUUAUUAUGUACCGCUUUGCAUUGUAUAAAAAAAUAAAUGCAAUUAAACCACGUCCACAACCCAA